UUCUGUCGUCAUGAGGACUGAGGUAGCUGUUGCUCUUCUCCUGGGGUUCUGUGCCGUGGCUGUGGCUGUGUCUGGUGAUGAAAACAGAACGUACGUAUGCUCUAUUUUACACAAAAUGCUCUCUUUACUCUCAUUUAUGCUCUCAUUGCACAAAAUACAAUUAGAGGUCACUUGUUCUAGUAAUCUGAGCUCUGAACCUUGUGUGUGUAACCCAUAGAGGCAAACGGGACACUCGGGAGGUCAAGGUGGCUCCCCCUGACCCAGUGGACUGUGUCUGGAGCCGCUGGUCUCAGUGGACCCCCUGUAACAACUGCACCAAGAUACGGGUGAGUCUCAGAUUUUAAAAAAUAUAUACAGAACAGGGACUAGCAAUUUUGCCUCCAAGUCUCAAAUUUUUCUCAAAUGUCAGUCUCAAAUGAUUCAUGGCUUAAAAAACAUGAGUGAAAGUUUGUAUGCUCCUAUGCUCCUUAAGUGUGUGAACUCUUUUGUCAUGUUGGCAGCACCGUUCACGGAGUGUGGAGGUGUACGGCCAAUUCGGUGGGAAGCCCUGUCGUGGACAGCCAAUAGGAGAGCAGCAGGCGUGCAACACAGAGGAUGUGUGUGAACAGGCCCCGCCCCCUGAGUGCUCCAGAACUGAGUUCACCUGUGAAUCAGGUACUGUACCUCCCAAUUAGGUCAUAGGCAUGAGUAUGUCUGCCUAUGGUACCUCCAUCUUUCAGAUCCAAUAUGACGCUGAAUCUGUGCGCAUCAAGGUGGGUAGAUUAUUUAGGUUAGGGCAGGCUGUUUACUCUGAGCAGCUAUGGACUAAAGUAAAGUUAACCAUAAUACAAUUUACACAGUUGCAGUAGUGCUAUUACAGUGAAUUAAGUGCAUAAAACUGUCAUCAUACACUGAUCAUGCACGUUUCUGUCUGUCUGGGUUUCUCUCUGUCUCUCCCUCUCUUUGUGAAGGUGCGUGUAUUAAGUUGAGACUGUCGUGUAAUGGAGACUAUGACUGCGAGGACGGGUCAGACGAGGACUGUGAGCCCAACCGUAAGCCCUGUGGCACACAGAUUUACAACACCAACGAACAGGGCAGGACUGCAGGAUACGGGUGAGCACAGCAGCACUUCCCUUACAACCACAGUCCAGUAGCAAUCACCUCUCAAACACCUGCACAGUAGCAUUACAUUUACAUUUUAGUCAUUUAGCAGACGCUCUUAUCCAGAGCGACUUACAGUUAGUGAGUGCAUACAUCAUUAAAAAAAAAUAUAUAUAUAUAUAUAUAUUAUUUUAUUAUUUUAUUUUUUUAUACUGGCCCCCCAUGGGAAUCGAACCCACAACCCUGGCGUUGCAAACGCCAUGCUCUACCAACUGAGCUACAUCCCUGCCAACCAUUCCCUCCCUUACCCUGGACGACGCUGGGCCAAUUGUGCGCCGCCCCAUGCGUCUCCCGGUCGCGGUCGGCUACGACAGAGCCUGGAUUCCAGGGUCGUGAGCAUUGUGAUGAGCUUAGAGGGCGCUAUGGUAUUGAAGGCCGAGCUGUAGUCGAUGAACAGAAUCCUCUCAUACUGUAUGCAUUUAUUUUGUCCAGGUGGGUGAUGGGCAGUGUGCAGUACAAUGGUGAUUGCGUCAUUUGUGGAUCUGUCAGGGCGGUAGGCGAAUUGGAGAGGGUACUGUGUGUCGGGGAAGGGAGGAGGUGAAGGUCUUUGACUAGACACUCGAAGCACUGCAUGAUGACGGAAGUGAGUGCUACGGGUCGGUAGUCAUUCAGUUCAGUUACAUUCCCUUUCUUGGGCACGAGGAUGAUAGCUGCACUUGAUUGAGGAUGCCUGGCGCAAUAGAAUCAAUGGAAUCAAUGGAAUAGUCCCAAAAAUGCAAACCUUGACUCCAUGCACACUCAAUCAAAGAUACAAAGUAAAGAAAACAAAUACUAUUUGAACUCAGGUCUACUCCUGAAUGCUCUCCAGCAGCCACUCAGGUCCCUGACUGAAUACAUAGAAUGUCCAUAGAAAUACAUAUUAGAUUACAUUAUAUUAGUGUUCUUUUAAGUUCUGUGUCUAUGUCUUUAUGCUGUGACAGAAUCAACAUCUUGGGCCUGGACCCCCGUAUAAACCCCUUCAACAACGACUACUUCAAUGGGGUGUGCAACAAGGUGAAGAACACCAAUAACAACGAGUACAACAGGCUGCCUUGGAACGUGGGCGUGCUCAACUAUGAGGUGAGUUAGGCCUAGCCUGGAAUCUGCCUUCACUUCAGUAUUACAAUAGUGAAACAGAGAUAUUCGGCUCAGAUUUCAGACUAAGAUUAAUCACGGCUCUGUUGAUAAAUGUGACUUUUCAAUUCUUGCAUUGUAAUUUCAAAUAAUCUUUAUGUAAUCAUCUUUAUGUAAUUUCAAAUCAGUUCUUAAAUUGAACUGACUCAAACCAUUCUGGCUUUAUGAUGUUGUCUAUAUAUUUGAUCAAAGUUCCAUCCCACAUCGUGACAGACUGUUAACGUUUAGUAGCUGGCAAGUGAGCAUGUGAGAUUUGCUUUUGGGUUCCAACAUUUGACAGUACAGUAUGUAACACUUCAGCAAAUUCAAACCUUUGUGAUUGACCUCUGACCCCUGCAUGGGUCUUUCCCAGACUAUAGCAGAGGAGACCGUUUCCAGAGAGAUCUAUGAGGACACAUACACCCUCCUGAGGGAACUGAUGACUGAGACCAAGUUGACUGUGAGCGCUGGGUUGAACUUAAAAAUCAGCCCCACAGAGAAGUCUAUGGCCAAGUCCAACACGACUGUGUCAGGAGGGUUAGGGGCAGACGCUGAGUAUGAAAAGACACAGAUGAUCAAGGAUGUCUCGGAGUACACUACAAUAAAGGUACAGUAGGCUUCACGUUAUACUGUAGUGUACACUCUGUGUACACCAUGGAUAAUAUACUUUCAGUCCACUUGUAUUUGUUUAUUUCAUCUAUCUUGUAAAUCACAAUGGCUUUAUUUUUGAUUGAAGUCUAAAAUGUCUUGGCUGACUUUGAGUUUAAACUCCCUGAUUUUAAUUGAACAAUAAACCAACAAUACAUUUAUAACGGUCUUUUCUAGGACCCAAAGUUGCAUAACAAUAAUAUUACAACCAAAAGCAGUGCCAGAAUACUUAUGGCGAUUCCUAUUGGUUGAUGUGGGUCCUUGUCCAAUUAGAACAAGAGUUUCAUGCGUGUGAACGGCCGUGUGCAACUGAGCACCUAUAGGAUGCGUUCCCGGGAACUUCAUGUGGCCGGGGAGUUUCUAGAGCAUGUCAAGUCUCUACCUCUGGAGUACGAGAAAGGACAGUACUUCAGGUUGGACUGUUAUCAUUACACUAGAACAUGUUUUUAAAACUAUUACCUCAUUGUUUUUGUGACUAUAUCUUAUGUAAAUUGUUAUAUAUACAGUACCAGUCAAAAGUUUGGACACACCUACUCAUUCAAGGGAUUUUCUUUAUUUUUACUAUUUGUAGAAUAGUAGUGAAGACAUCAAAACUAUGAAAUAACACAUAUGGAAUCAUGUAGUAACCAAAAAAGUGUUAAACAAAUCAAAAUAUAUUUUAUAUUUGAGUUUCUUCAAAGUAUCCACCCUUUGCCUUGAUGACAGCUUUGCACACUCUUGGCUUUAUGAGGUAGUCACCUGGAAUGCAUUUCAAUUAACAGGUGUGCCUUCUUAAAAGUUAAUUUGUAGAAUGUAUUUCCUUCUUAAUGCAUUUAAGCCAAUCAGAAAUAUUGUGAUAAGGUAGGGGUGGUAUACAGAAGAUAGCCCUAUUUGGUUAAAGACCAAGUCCAUAUUAUGGCAAGAACAGCUAAAAUAAGCAAAGAGAAACGACAGUCCAUCAUUACUUUAAGACAUGAAGGUCAGUCAAUAUGGAACAUUUCAAGAACUUUGAACGUUUCUUCAAGUGCAGUGGCAAAAACCAUCAAGCGCUAUGAUGAAACUGACUCUCAUGAGGACCGGCACAGGAAAGGAAGACCCAGAGUUUUUAUAUAUAUAAAAACCUAGGGGAUUGGAAGUGAUGCAGACAAUUACAUUGAUGGUAGUUACAAUCUAUCUGCAAUAAAGCUGAUCGACCCCCUAAAAAGACACAGAGUUACCUUUCCUGCAGAGGAUAAGUUCAAAAGAGUUACCAGCCUCAGAAACUGCAGCCCAAAUAAAUGCUUCACAGAGUUCAAGUAACAGACACCACUACUAAAGGACACCAAUAAUAAGAAGAAACUUGCUUGGGCCAAGAAACAGGAGCAAUGGACAUUAGACAGGUGGAAAUCUGGAGUCGAAAUUUGAGAUUUUUGGUUCCAACCGCCAUGUCUUUGUGAGACACAGAGUAGGUGAACUGAUGAUCUCUGCAUGUGUAGUUCCCACCGAGAAGCAUGGAGGAGAAGGUGUGAUGGUGUGGGGGUGCUUUGCUGGUGACACUGUCUGUGAUUUAUUUAGAAUUCAAGGCACACUUAACCAGCAUGGCUACCACAGUAUUCUGCAGCAAUAUGCCAUCCCAUCUGGUUUGGGCUUAGUGGGACUAUCAUUUGUCUUUCAAAAGGAUAAUGACGCAACACACCUCCAGGCUGUGUAAAGGCUAUUUGACAAAGAAGGAGAGUGAUGGAGUGUUGCAUCAGAGGACCUGGCCUCCACAAUCAACCAACCUCUAACCAAUUGAGAUGGUUUGGGAUGAGUUGGACCUCAGAGUGAAGGAAAAGCUGCCAGCAGGUGCUCAGCAUAUGUGGGAACUCCUUCAAGACUGUUGGAAAAGCAUUUCAGGUGAAGCUGGUUGAGAGAAUGUGUCACGAUUGUCAUGAAAAGUGGACCAAGGCGCAGCGUGAUAUGCGCACAUCUUUUUAAUGUGUACUUAGCAACACGAUACAAACAACAAGUCCUCGGUCAUAAAGUCCUCGGUCAUAAACACACAAACCUACACAGAACAAGAUCCCACAAAUGACAAGUGCACAAAAGGCUGCCUAAGUAUGGGUCCCAAUCAGAGACAACAAGCAACAGCUGAUUCACGUUGCCUCUGAUUGGGAACCACCCCGGUCAACAUAGAAAACACAUGAACUAGAAACAGAACAUAGAACACAAAACAUAGACCCUACACACCCUGGCUCAACAUAUAAGAGUCCCCAGAGCCAGGGCGUGACAGAAUGCCAAGAGGGUGCAAAGCUGUCAUCAAGGCAAAGGGUGGCUACUUUGAAGAAUCUAAAAUCUAAAAUAUAUUUUGAUUUUUUCAAAACUUUUUUGGUUACUACAUGAUUCCAUAUGUGUUAUUUCAUAGUUUUGAUGUCUUCACUAUUAUUAUACAAGGGAGAAAAUAGUAAAAAUAAAGAAAAACCCUUGAAUUAAUAGGUGUGUCCAAACUUUUGACUGGUACUGUAUAUUUAUUUUUAUGUAUUUGCCUACUCCUGCUUGGACAAUUGUGGGAUGGAUAAAGUAUUUUGUGUUGAGUUGAAUGGAAUGUAUUGGAAUGGAAUUGAAUUGAAUUGAAUGCAGCUUUCUGGAGGACUAUGGGACUCACUACACCAGGAAUGGGAAGUCUGGAGGAGAGUACGAGCUGGUCUACGUUCUCAACCAGGACAACAUCAAGGACAAAAGUAGGAAUCUUAAAAUCAUAUUUUGUCUUUCUACCAACACCACUCUUAAAGGCCCAAUGCAGCUGUUUUUAUAUCAAUAUCAGAUCAUUUCUGGGUAACAAUUAAGUACCUUACUGUAAUAGAUUUCCAUUCCAAUUUGCAAAAAUAACUUUUUAGCAAAAUAAACUAUUUCUCAACCAAUAAUUUUUAUAGGACUGUCUGGGAGUGGUCUGAGUGGGGAGGGGAAAACUGAAAGCAAGCUGUUAUUGGCAGAGAGGUUUGGAACUCUCUUUGUUAUUGGUCUAUUAACCUAUUUACUGCAUGGUGAUAUCACCAUGGAAAGCCGAAACUCCCUCCAAUUUUUAUUUUACCUUUAUUUAACCAGGUAAGCCAGUUGAGAACAAGUUCUCAUUUACAACUGCGACCUGGCCAAGAUAAAGCAGUGCGAUAAAAACAACAACACAGAGUUACAUAUGGUUACAUAUGUGGUAAACAAAACAUAAAGUCAAAAAUACAACAGAAAAUAUAUAUACAGUGUGUGCGAACGUAGUAAGUUAUGGAGGUAAGGCAAUAAAUAGGCCAUAGUGCAAAAUAGUUACAAUUUCGUAUUAACACUGGAAUGAUAGAUGUGCAAAAGAUGAUGUGCAAAAAGAGAUACUGGGGUGCAAAAUAGCAAAAUAAAUAACAAUAUGGGGAUGAGGUAGUUGGGUGGGCUAAUUUCAGAAUGGCUGUGUACAGGUGCAAUGAUCGGUAAGCUGCUCUGACAACUGACGCUUAAAGUUAGUGAGGGAGAUAAGUGUCUCCAGCUUCAGAGAUUUUUACAGUUCGUUCCAGUCAUUGGCAGCAGAGAACUGGAAGGAAUGGCGGCCAAAGGAGGUGUUGGCCUUGGGGAUGACCAGUGAGAUAUACCUGCUGGAGCGCAGACUACAGGUGGGUGUUGCUAUGGUGACCAGUGAGCUAAGAUAAGACGGGCAGUGAUUUAUAGAUGACCUGGAGCCAGUGGGUUUGGCGAUGAAUAUGUAGUGAGGGCCAGCCAACAAGAGCGUACAGGUCACAAUGGUGGGUAGUAUAUGGGGCUUUGGUGACAAAACGGAUGACACUGUGAUAGACUACAUCCAAUUUGCUGAGUAGAGUGUUGGAGGCUAUUUUGUAAAUGACAUCGCCGAAGUCAAGGAUCAGUAGGCUAGUCCGUUUUACGAGGGCAUGUUUGGCAGCAUGAGUGAAGGAGGCUUUGUUGCGAAAUAGGAAGCCGAUUCUAGAUCUAACUUUUGAUUGGAGAUGCUUAAUGUGAGUCUGGAAGGAGAGUUUACAGUCUAACCAGACACCUAGGUAUUUGUAGUUGUCCACAUACUCUAGGUCAGACCCGCCGAGAGUAGUGAUUCUAGUCGUGUGGGCGGGUGCAAGCAGCGUUCGGUUGAAGAGCAUGCAUUUAGUUUUACUAGUGUUUAAGAGCAGUUGGAGGCUACGGAAGGAGUGUUGUAUGGCGUUGAAGCUCAUUUGGAGGUUUGUUAACACAGUGUCCAAUGAAGGGCCAGAUGUAUACAAAAUGGUGUCGUCCGCAUAGAGGUGGAUCUGAGCGUCACCAGCAAGAGUGACAUCAUUGAUAUACACAGAGAAUAGAGUCGGCCCGAGAACUGAACCCUGUGGCACCCCCAUAGAGACGGCCAGAGGUCCAGACAACAGGCCCUCCGAUUUGACACAUUGAACUCUAUCUGAGAAGUAGUUGGUGAACCAGGCAAGGCAGUCAUUAGAGAAACAGAGGCUAUUUAGUCUGCCAAUAAGAAUGCCUUGGCCAGGUCGAUGAAAAGACGGCUGCGCAGUACUGUCUUUUAUCGAUCGCAGUUAUAAUAUGGUUUAGGACCUUGAGCGUGGCUGAGGUGCACCCAUGACCAGCUCGGAAACCGGAUUGCAUAGCGGAGAAGGUACGGUGGGAUUUGAAAUGGUUGGUGAUCUGUUUGUUAACUUGGCUUUCAAAUACUUUCGAAAGGCAGGGCAGGAUGGAUAUAGGUCUGUAACAGUUUGGAUCUAGAGUGUCACCCCCUUUGAAGAGAGGGAUGACCGCGGCAGCUUUCCAAUCUCUGGGGAUCUCAGACGUUACGAAAGGGAGGUUGAACAGGCUAGUAAUAGGGGUUGCGACAAUUUCGGUGGCUAAUUUUAGAAAGAAAGGGUCGAGAUUGUCUAGCCCAGCUGAUUUGUAGGGGUCCAGAUUUUUCAGCUCUUUCAGAACAUCAGCUGUCUAAAUUUGUGUGAAGGAGAAGCAGGGGGGGCAUGGGCAAGUUGCAGCGGAGAGUGGAAAGCAUGGCCAGCCGUAACAAAAUGCUUGUUGAAAUUCUCAAUUAUUGUGGUUAUUAUGGUGGUGACAGUGUUUCCUAGCCUCCGUGCAGUGGGCAGUUGGGAGGAGCUGCUCUUAUUUUCCAUGGACUUUACAGUGUCCCAAAACUUUUUGGAGUUAGUGCUACAGGAUGCACAUUUCUGUUUGAACAAGCUAGCCUUUGCUUUCCUAACUGAUUGUGUAUAUUGGUUCCUGACUUUCCUAAAAAGUUGCAUAUCGUGGGGGCUGUUCGAUGCUAAUGCAGUACGCCACAGGAUGUUUUUGUGCUGGUCAAGGGCAGUCAAGUCUGAGGAGAACCAGGGGCUAUAUCUGUUCUUAGUUCUGAAUUUUUUGAAUGGGGCAUGCUUAUUUAAGAUUGAGAGGAAAGCACUUUUAAAGAACAACCAGGCAUCCUCUACUGACGGAAAGAGGUCAAUAUCCAUCCAGGAUACCCAGGCCAGGUCAAUUAGAAAGGCCUGCUCGCUAAAGUGUUUUAGGGACCGUUUGACAGUGAUGAGGGGUGGUCGUUUGACCGCGGACCCAUUACGGACGCAGACAAUAAGGCAGUGAUCGCUGAGAUCCUGGUUGAAGUAUUUAGAGGGUAAAUUUGUCAGGAUGAUAUCUAUGAGGGUGCCCAUGUUUACAGAUUUAGGGUUGUACCUGGUAGGUUCAUUGAUAAUUUGUGUGAGAUUGAGGGCAUCUAGUUUAGAUUGUAGGUUGGCCGGGGUGUUAAGCAUAUCCCAGUUUAGGUCACCAAGCAGUACAAACUCUGAGGAUAGAUGGGGGGCAAUCAGUUCACAUAUGGUGUCCAGGGCACAGCUCGGGGCUGAGGGGGGUCUGUAGCAAGCGGCAACAGUGAGAGACUUAUUUCUGGAAAGGUGGAUUAUUAGAAGUAGAAGCUCAAACUGUUUGGGCACAGACCUGGAUAAUACGAUAGAGCUCUGCAGGCUAUCUCUACAUUAGAUUGCAACCCCACCCCCUUUGGCAGUUCUAUCGAGACGGAAAAUGUUGUAGUUGGGGAUGGACAUUUCUGAAUUUUUGGUGGCCUUCCUAAGCCAGGAUUCAGACACUGCUAGAACAUCAGGGUUGGCGAAGUGUGCUAACGCAGUCAAUAUCUCAAACUUAGGGAGGAAGCUUCGAAUGUUAACGUGCAAGAAACCAAGGCUUUUACAGUUACAGAAGUCAACAAAUGAUAACGCCUGGGGAGCAGGAGUGAUACUGGGGGCUACAGGGCCUGGGUUAACCUCUACAUCACCAGAUGAACAGAGGAGGAGUAGAAUAAGGAUACGGCUAAAGGCUUUAAGAACUGGUCUUCUAGUGCGUUGGGUACAGAGAAAAAAGGGGCAGAUUUCUGGGCGUUGUAGAAUAGAUUCAGGGCAUUAUGUACAGGCAAGGAUAUGGAAGAUUAUGAGUACAGUGGAGGUAAACCUAAGCGUUGGGUAACGAUGAAAGAGAUAGCAUCACUGGAGGCACCGAUUGAGUCGGUCUCCGCGUGUAUUGGGGGUGGGACAAAGGAGCUAUCUAAGGCAGGUUGAGCUGGGCUGGGGGAUCUACAGUGAAAUAGUACAAUAAGAAAUAACCGAAACAGCAAUAAGCAAGGCAUAUUGCCAUGGGAGAGAGGCAUAAAGCAAUCACAGGUGUUAUUCGAGAGAGCUAAGACAACAGCUGGUAAUGGCUAAGCAUAAACAUGAUGCGGUACCGUAAAAAGGAACAGUCCAGCAAGCAUCAGCUGUGUAGCUGAGUUAUCAUAAGGUCCGGUGAACAGCAAUAGUAGAGUUCGGGGGUUGAUAUAGCACUGGCGAGCAAGAGGCCAUGGCUAGCGUGUGCUAGCGGGCCAGGGCUAGCAGAUGGAUCUUCGUGGUCGACGUCGUAACGGGAAGCCUGUUGUAACCACAUCAGACGAGUUUUGGAUCGGGGGGCUCCGGGUCAACACUAGGAGGUCCCGUCCGGUUGACAGAGAGGUAGAUAGCCGGGUGAUGUGCCUGGCUCUAGGCUAGCUCAAGGCUGAUUAGCCAACAACAACGUCCAUUUGGUUGCAGCUAGCUAGCUGCGGUGAUCCAAUGCAAACCUGCUGAUUAGAAGGUCCUGUGUAGAGUGUAUUUUUGACCAGCAACUAUCAGGAAACUAGAUGGUAAUUUUCCAUGAAGUAAAAUUGAUGGGACUUGCUUUAACUCUUUACAAGUAUUUUUGUGGUAGUGUAAGAAGUUUAAAAUGUUUUACUUAAGCCAAGAAGUUAAAUAUAGUCAAAGUUAAAUUUAGUAAAAUGAUUGGUCUGAUUACUUUGAUAUACUACACUAUCAACCUUAUUGCUUUGGAUUGUGGGGCAGUUAGAUCAAAUUAUAUUUCAUCACAAAUAACUACACUCAGACUAGCCUACUACACUUUUAGACACUAUCUUAAUAGAAUAACACAGAAUAUGACAACUGUAAUAAUAGAGUACAGAAAACAAGGAGGCAUUGUUGAAGUUGAAAAGAAAUGUCCAAAAUAUAUUUUAUCCCAAGCUUCUACAAACAUUAAAUGUCCAAACUAUAUUUUAUCCCAAGCUUUUAUCCCUCACUUCUAACAUACAUUAAAUGUCAAAAAUAUAUUUUAUCCCAAGCUUUUAUCCCUCACUUCUAACAUAUAUUCAUUUCUAAAAUCAAAGGAUUAAACUGUUAAAAUAAAAGUUAAGUUAAGUUGGACUGAUUGGUAUGAUAAUAGAAUGAAUGUAUGGUUGAAGGUGUGUGUGUGGUAGUAGUUAUUGCUAUUCUGAUUUCAGAUUUGAAUAUCAGAGAAGUAGACCAAGGUACCAUACCCUUUAAGUUUUUGUCUACGACACGUUGUUGGGAAAAGUGGUCAAGAUAGCUGAUUAGUGUCAGAAGUCACAAUGUUUACUCAUUGUCUCAUGCUUAGAAUGUGCUCCCCAUUGUUAUCAUUUGAAAGUUCAGAAAAGUUCCAUGGCAGUUAAUUCAACUGUGGGAAGUUAGCUAAAUGAGUUGAUGUGGUUACUAAAACAGCUGUACCUCUUGACUGGUAGUAGAUAUUUAUGUUCUUAUUUCCAGAUUUGAAUAGCAGAGAAGUGGACCAAGAUGUCGUACCCUCUAAGUUUUUGUCUAACUUGUUCUGAAAGUGGUUAAAACAUCAGUUGUUUGGAAAAAGUUGGGGAAAAAUGGUUCAUGCGGUUACUAAAACAGCUGUAUUGUUAGAUCCGUAGCGGAUAUUUUGGUUACGCGGACAGAUUUAAAUAGCAGACAAGUAGACGAAGAUGUCAUACCCUCUAACUUCUUGUCUAACUUGUUCGGAAAGUGGUCAAAAUGUCAGUUGUUUAUAAAAGGUUACAGAAAAUGUUGUUGAAGCAGGUACUUAAACAAAACGUUGUAUGCAAGCACACUAUUCUAGACCAGUCUGCACAUUUUAAAGUUUAAAUGGCAUUUCUAGUUAAAACAGGGUGGCGUGCAGGAGAUUAAUAAGAAGAUAAGUAUGAGGAAGAUUUAAAGUCAGGACUUUUGUUUCGCAAGUCCCAUCUGAUUAAAAUAAAUCACACUUUUACAGUAUUCAUUUCAUCAGCUGUUGUAUAAUAUGAUAUAAAACACAGAAAAACUAAAUUUUAACUGCACUGGACCUUUAAGAUGCUACCACUGAUACAUGUCAUAUCGAAACUAGCUAGGGCUCUUAUUCAAAACAGCCCAACAUUGCAUUGAGGAUCAGAGAGAAAGUAUUUGGUUUCCAUAUUAAUGUUUUUUUAUAAUGAUUUGGGAAAAUGAAUGAAAUGUGACCAUAUUGAAACCUCUCCUGUUUGCAGUGAUGUCCGUAUGUGAUGUUUAAGCAAUGUUGUCUCUCCUAUAGAGGUGACUGAGAAAAAAAUCCAGGAAUGCAUUAAAGUUGGAGUAACAGCAAACUUUGACACUAACAUCGGGAUUGGAGGAGAUGCCCACAUCAGACCGGGACACUGUAAAGACAUUACCAAUACAAACACAGGUCUGUUAAAACAAUGUUAACACAAACAUACAGUUUAUCUAUUUAUUUUACCCUUAUUUUACCAGGUAAGUUGACUAAGAACACAUUCUCAAUUACAGCAACGACCUGGGGAAUAGUUAGAGAGGAGAGGAGGGGGGAUGAAUGAGCCAAUUGGAAGCUGGGGAUGAUUAGGUGGCCAUGAUGGUUGAGGAACAGGUUGGGAAUUUAGCCAGGACACCGGGGUUAACACCCCUACUCUUCCGAUAAGUGCCAUGGGAUCUUUAGUGACCACAGAGAGUCACGACACCCGUUUAACGUCCCAUCUGAAAGACAGCACCCUACACAGGGCAAUGUCCCCAAUCACUGCCCUGGGGCAUUAGGGUAUCAUCAUUUUUUUUGACCAGAGGAAAGAGUGUCUCGUACUGGCCCUCCAACACCACUUCCAGCAGCAUCUGGUCUCCCAUCCAGGGACCGACCAGAACCAACCCUUAGCAACCCUGCUUAGUUUCAGAGGCAAGCCACACACACACACACACACAAAACACACACCCUCCUUCCUGAUUGCUAUGGCUCUGUAUCCACAGAUGAGAAGGAGGGCAAGGCGCUGGUAGAUAAGGUGAUUACUGCAGUCAGGGGCGGAACCCUGGAGACCGCUGUCGCCAUGAGAACCCAGAUAAAGAAGGAGGGGCUAAUGGACAUGCAGACCUAUCAGAACUGGGCCCGGACAGUGGGCGAUGCCCCUGCACUCCUCAGCAGUGAGGUAAGGGCCCAAUUCCAAACCCAUCCCAUGCUGCCUCAUUCCUAUAAACACUAUGUAGAUCUGAAAGGAGUUGUUACAUUGCCCAAAAGGGGGAUUGGUAAAGUUGUAUUUUAUUUUUGUAUAAAAAAAUACAUAUAAACUCAGCAAAAAAAGAAACAGGACCGUCUUUCAAAGAUCAUUCGUAAAAAUCCAAAUAACUUCACAGAUCUUCAUUGUGAAGCGUUUAAACUCUGUUUCCCAUGCUUGUUCAAUGAACCAUAAACAAUUAAUGAACAUGCACCUGUGGAACGGUUGUUAAGACACUAACAGCUUACAGACGGUAGGCAAUUAAGGUCACAGUUAUGAAAACUUAGGACACUAAAGAGGCCUUUCUACUGACUCUGAAAAACACCAAAAGAAAGAUGCCCAGGGUCCCUGCUCAUCUGCGUGAACGUGCCUUAGGCAUGCUGCAAGGAGGCAUGAGGACUGCAGAUGUGGCCAGGGCAAUAAAUUGCAAUGUCCAUACUGUGAGACGCCUAAGACAGCGCUUCAGGGAAACAGGACAGACAGACCACGUGUAACAACACCUGCACAGGAUCGGUACAUCCGAACAUCACACCUGUGGGACAGGUACAGGAUGGCAACAACAACUGCCCGAGUUACACCAGGAACACACAAUCCCUCCAUCAGUGCUCAGACUGUCCGCAAUAGGCUGAGAGAGGCUGAAAUGAGGGCUUGUAAGCCUGUUGUAAGGCAGGUCCUCACCAGACAUCACCGGCUAUGGGCACAAACCCACCGUCGCUGGACCAGACAGGACUGGCUAAAUGUGCUCUUCACUGACGAGUCGCGGUUUUGUCUCACCGGGGGUGAUGGUCGGAUUCGCGUUUAUCGUCGAAGGAAUGAGCGUUACACCGAGUCCGGUACUCUGGAGCGGGAUCGAUUUGGAGGUGGAGGGUCCGUCAUGGUCUGGGGCGGUGUGUCACAGCAUCAUCGGACGACUGAGCUUGUUGUCAUUGCAGGCAAUCUCAACGCUGUCUGUGCGUUACAGGGAAUACAUCCUCCUCCCUCAUGUGGUACCCUUCCUGCAGGCUCAUCCUGACAUGAUGAGCCGUACUGCUCGUUCUGUGCGUGAUUUCCUGCAAGACAGGAAUGUCAGUGUUCUGCUAUGGCCACCGAAGAGCCCGGAUUUCAAUCCCAUUGAGCACGUCUGGGACUUGUUGGAUCGGAGGGUGAGGGCUAGGGCCAAUCCCCCCAGAAAUGUCUGGGAACUUGCAGGUGCCUUGGUGGAAGAGUGGGGUAACAUCUCACAGCAAGAACUGGCAAAUCUGGUGCAGUCCAUGAGGAGGAGAUGCACUGCAGUACUUAAUGCAGCUGGUGGCCACACCAGAUACUGACUGUUACUUUUGAUUUCGAUCCCCCCUUUGUUCAGGGACACAUUAUUCAAUUUCUGUUAGUCACAUGUCUGUCGAACUUGUUCAGUUUAUGUCUCAGUUGUUGAAUCUUGUUAUGUUCAUACAAAUAUUUACACGUUAAGUUUGCUGAAAAUAAAUGCAGGUGACAGUUAGAAUACGUUUCUUUUUUUGCUGAGUUUAUAUUAAAACAUACAAUCUACUUGCAGUGAAGCCGCUCAACAUUUACAUUACAUUCAGUCAUCUAACCGUCCCCCGUCCAGAGUGACCGACAGGGGCAACCAGGGUCAAGCGCCCCGCCCAAGGGCACGUCAACAGAUCUCCCACCAAGUCAAAACGGGGACCCGAACCCGCAACCUAUCGGCCACCAGCCCAAGCUCCCAACUGCCAGGCCACCAACCAUCCAAGAUCCCCCCACAGUCCCCCGAGAGCUGCCCCGAGACCAUCAGAGAACACCACCCCCCCCCCCCCCGAGAAAAACAAAAACAAACAAAACCUCACCCUCCAUUACCCCCCCCCAAGCCACCAUCCUCCAAUGCACCAACAACCAACAAAAUGAACAAAAGAGAAAAAAGAGAAAAACAGGAAAACAGAAAACAACAACACAAAAACAAAAUACAUCAAGGACAACGAAAAUCAUAACAGCAAGGCCAACUGUAUAUGUUUCAGUGCAUGUGUGGCACUAUUUACAUCUGUGUAUGUGUGUGUGUGUCCGUGCGUGUGCACGUGUGGGUUUGAAUGCGAGUGAGUGUAUAUGGAUGUGUACACUCGUACAAGCACCUGCGCAGCAUCAGCCUCAGGCAAACAGGCAUUAGAUGUAUCAGCAUUGCCCUUCAGUGUCAUUCAAACUUACUAUUUUUUUGUUUAUUUUGACUUCAUUUUUUACUUUCAUCUUUGACCGUCAUUCUAUCCCCCGCCCAGCAACUCCACUCCCACUUGUCUCCAGUUCAAAUCAAAUAAAAUAAAAUAAAAUGUUAUUUGGCACAUGCGCCGAAUACAACAGGUGCAGACAUUACAGUGAAAUCCUUACUUACAGCCCUUAACCAACAGUGCAUUUAUUUUAAAUAAAAAAAGUAAAAUAAAACAACAACAAAAAAGUGUUGAGAAGAAAAAGACAGUAGGGAGGCUAUAUAUGCAGGGGGGGUACCGGUGCAGAGUCAAUGUGCGGGGGCACCGGCUAGUUGAGGUAGUUGAAGUAAUAUGUACAUGUGGGUAGAGUUAAAGUGACUAUGCAUAAAUAAUUAACAGAGUAGCAGCAGCGUAAAAAGAUGGGGUGGGGGGCAGUGCAAAUAGUCCGGGUAGCCAUGGUUAGCUGUUCAGGAGUCUUAUGGCUUGGGGGUAGAAGCUGUUGAGAAGUCUUUUGGACCUAGACUUGGCACUCCGGUACCGCUUGCCGUGCGGUAGCAGAGAGAACAGUCUAUGACUAGGGUGGCUGGAGUCUUUGACAAUUUUGAGGGCCUUCCUCUGACACCGCCUGGUAUAGAGGUCCUGGAUGGCAGGAAGCUUGGCCCCAGUGAUGUACUGGGCCAUACGCACUACCCUCUGUAGUGCCUUGCGGUCGGAGGCCAAGCAGUUGCCAUACCAGGCAGUGAUGCAACCAGUCAGGAUGCUCUCGAUGGUGCAGCUGUACAAUUUUUGGAGGAUCUGAGGACCCAUGCCAAAUCUUUUCAGUCUCCUGAGGGGGAAUAGGCUUUGUCGUGCCCUCUUCACCACUGUCUUGGUGUUGUCACGAGGGUCGAUGUCGUCUAAAUAUGACCAAGGCGCAGCGUGUCCAAGAAACAUGACUUUAUUAAUAUCAAAGUCUGGAACAAAACAACAAAACACGACCGAUACGUGAAGUCCUCUGCAACACUGACAGAAUAAAGAACAAAAACCCACAACACCCAAGAGAAAACACACAGUAUAAAUAUGGCUCCCAAUCAGAGAUAACGAGCCGACAGCUGACACUCGUUACCUCCGAUUGGGAGUCAAUGACCAAACCUAGAAAUAAACGUGACAGAAAUGCAACCAUAGAAAAUCACCCAAAACCCAACAAAACACAAUACACCCUGGCUCAAAUACAAAAGUCCUGGAGCCAGAGUGUCACAGGUGUGUUUGGACCAUGAUAGUUCGUUGGUGAUGUGGACAUCAAGGAACUUGAAGCUCUCAACCUGUUCCACUACAGCCCCGUCGAUGAGAAUGGGGGCGUGCUCAGUCCUCUUUUUUUUUCCUGUAGUCCACAAUCAUCUCCUUUGUCUUGGUCAUGUUGAGGGAGAGGUUGUUAUCCUGGCACCACACGGCCAGGUCUCUGACCUCCUCCCUAUGGGCUGUCUCAUCGUUGUCGGUGAUCAGGCCUACCACUGUUGUGUCGUCGGCAAACUUAAUGAUGGUGUUGGAGUCGUGCCUGGCCAUUCAGUCAUGGGUGAACAGGGAGUACAGGAGGGGACUGAGCACGCACCCCUGAGGGGCCCCUCUGUUGAGGAUCAGUGUGGCAGAUGUGUUGUUACCUACCCUUACUACCUGGGGGCGGCCCGUCAGGAAGUCCAGGAUCCAGUUGCAGAGGGAGGUGUUUAGUCUCAGGAUCCUUAGCUUAGUGAUGAGCUUUGAGGGCACUAUGGUGUUGAAUGCUGAGCUGUAAUCAAUGAAUAGCAUUCUCACGUAGGUGUUCCUCUUGUCCAGGUGGGAAAGGGCAGUGUGGAGUGCAAUAGAGAUUGCAUCAUCUGUGGAUCUGUUGGGGCGGUAUGCAAAUUGGAGUGGGUCUAGGGUUUCUGGGAUAAUGGUGUUGAUGUGAGCCAUGACCAGCCUUUCAAAGCACUUCAUGGCUACAGACGUCAGUGCUACGGGUCGGUAGUCAUUUAGGCAGGUUAUCUUAGUGUCCUUGGACACGGGGACUAUGGUGGUCUGCUUGAAACAUGUUGGUAUUACAGACUCAGUCAGGGACAUGUUGAAAAUGUCAGUGAAGACACUUGCCAGUUGGUCAGCACAUGCUCGGAGUACACGUCCUGGUAUUCCGUCUGGCCCUGCGGCCUUGUGAAUGUUGACCUGCUUAAAAGUCUUUCUCACAUCGGCUACGGAGAGCGUGAUCACAUAGUCAUCCGGAACAGCUGGUGCUCUCAUGCAUGCUUGCCUCGAAGCGAGCAUAGAAGUGGUUUAGCUCGUCUGGAAGUCUUGUGUCACUGGGCAGCUCGCGGCUGUGCUUCCCUUCGUAGUCUGUAAUAGUUUUCAAGCCCUGCCACAUCCGACGAGCGUCAGAGCCGGUGUAGUACGAUUCAAUCUUAGUCCUGUAUUGACUCUUUGCCUGUUUGAUGGUUCGUCGGAGGGCAUAGCGGGAUUUCCUAUAAGUGUCCGGGUUAGAGUCCCGCUCCUUGAAAGCGGCAGCUCUACCCUUUAGCUCAGUGCGGAUGUUUCCUGUAAUCCAUGGCUUCUGGUUGGGGUAUGUACGUACGGUCACUGUGGGGACGACAUCAUCGAUGCAUUUAUUGAUGAAGCCAGUGACUGAUGUGGUGUACUCCUCAAUGCUAUCUGAAGAAUCCCGGAACAUGUUCCAGUCUGUGCUAGCAAAACAGUCCUGUAGCUUAGCAUCUGCGUCAUCUGAUUGCUUAACCAAGUCACUGGUGCUUCCUGCUUUAGUUUUUGCUUAUAAGCAGGAAUCAGGAGGAUAGAAUUAUGGUCAGAUUUGCCAAAUGGAGGGCGAGGGAGAGCUUUGUAUGCGUCUCAGUGUGUGGAGUAAAGGUGGUCUAGAGUUUUUUUUCCCUCUGGUUGCACAUUUAACAUGCUGAUAGAAAUUAGGUAAAAUGGAUUUAAGUUUCCCUGCAUUAAAGUCCCCAGUCACUAGGAGCGCUGGCUCUGGAUGAGCGUUUUCCUGUUGACUUAUGGCCUUAUACAGCUCAUUCAGUGCAAUCUUAAUGCCAGCAUUGGUUUGUGGUGGUAAAUAGACAGCUAUGAAACAUAUAGAUGAAAACUCUCUUGGUAAAUAGUGUGGUCUACAGCUUAUCAUAAGAUACUCUACCUCAGGCCAGCAAAACCUAGAGACUUCCUUAGUAUUUGAUUUUGUGCACCAGCUGUUGUUUACAAAUGUACACAGACCGCCACCCCUUGUCUUACCGGAGUCAGCCGUUCUAUCCUGCCGAUGUAGCGUAUAGCCCGCUAGCUGUAUGUUGUCCAUGUCGUCGUUCAGCCACGACUCUGUGAAACAUAAGAUAUUACUAGAGGUGUAACGAUCCAUUUACUACAUCGAUGUAUCGAUUUAUAUUCCUAUGAUCCAACUACAUCGAUCUGUGCUCGGCGAGUUGGCCUUUUGGACAACAUAUAUCAAUCUAACAUCGUUUUAAAAUGUAAUAAAUAGAUUGUAUCGAUACUAGGAAAUAACCCAUUGGAUUUAAGCACGUCAGACUUUAUAUGGAUGUUUUUUCUUAGCACUUUUAAUGAUAAAGGCUUUAAACAUUACUCGAUUCAGUCUGCCUAUCCGUGACGUCAUCGCCCCAGGCCAGCAGCAGCGCAAAGGUGCAAAGACAACAAAACAUAGCAUGGCAGACGACAGAGGAGAAGCCGACGAGCGAGAAAUUAUCAAGCCACCAUUGCGGUCCUUACAAGAAACAGGAAUCUAGGAAACUUCACCUGCACUGUCCAGUAUCCAGGUAUUUAUUUCAGUCACACUGGUUGAAUUUUUGGCUAAAAGGUUACUGAAUCGAUUUCAAGUCACUGAAUCGUUUCGGAUCGUAUCGUUCUAAAUGAACCAAUAUCGUCCUUGAAUCGUAUCGACAACCACGAAUCGUGAUACAAAUCGAAUCGUUGUUAAAACGAAUCGUUAUACCCCUAGAUAUUACAGUUUUUAAUUUCCCGUUGGUAGGAUAACCGUAAUCUUAGGUCAUCCCAUUUAUUCUCAAAUGAUUGAAGAUUGGCAAAUAGGAUUGAUGGGAGAGGCAGUUUACUCGCUCGCCGUCGGAUCCUUACAAGGCACCCCGACCUACGUCCACAAUAUCUCCGUCUCUUCCUCAUGCGAAUGACAGGGAUUUGGGCCUUGUCGGGUGUCUGUAGGAUAUCCUUUGCGGCCGCCUCGUUGAAGAAAAAUCUUUGUCCAAUACGAGGUGAGUAAUCGCUGUCCUGAUAUCCAGAAGCUCUUUUUGGUUAUAAGAGACGAUGGCAGAAACAUUAUGUACAAAAUAAAUUACAAAUAACGCGGAAAAACACGCAUAAUAGUACAAUUGGUUAGAGGGCUGUAAAACGGCAGCCAUCUUCUCCGGCGCCAUUAUCUAUCACAUCCCAACCCUCAGUUUUCCUCAGUUGUAUUGAAUUGAACUGAAGUGAAAUGAAGUGAAUGUUACAGUAGUUCAGUCUCCUCUCCUCCUGUCUGUCUCCCCUGGUAGCCAGAACCCAUCCAGACCCUGAUCCCACUGAGUAUGCCUGAUGCCAACACCAGGAGGCUUAACGUGCAGAGAGCCACUCAGGAGUACGAGGCUGAGUACAACGUGUGCAAGUGUAAGCCCUGUCACAACGGGGGCACUCUGGCCCUGCUGGACGGGUUGUGCCUGUGUCUCUGUCUGCCCCAGUUUGAAGGUCUGGCCUGCCAGGAUGUCAAGGCUGAUAACAGUGAGUGGAGCCAGCCGUUUUAUACACACGCAUGCCCAAGCAUGUAUUCACGCACAAGCACACAAGCACACUGUCCUAUGUAUAUAGUUAAAGCUGUCAAGCUGAAAAUACAGUUUUCUUCUCCAGAUAAGAAUACUAAAACCCCCGUGGAGCGUGUUCCUGAUGAGGGGAACUGGUCGUGUUGGGCAGCCUGGUCAGGCUGCAGUGGAGGAAAACGUACCAGGACCCGCAGCUGCAACACACAGGGCCUCUCUGGCGCCACCUGCAGGGGAGACAGUGUCAGUGAAGACUACUGCUGAGCUCCCUCUCAUACAGAACACAAUGAUGACACAGCAUAACAACCUGACCCCCAUAUAUGUAGACAAAAAGGAGUUAAUGCAUCUUAUACACACACACACUCACACACAGUCCCGGCAUGCACCCACACACACACGCACACACACACACAGGUCUAUUUAAUUUUGUGAUAGGAAAAACUUUAUCAACUUAUUCCUUGAAGUAGGCCUGGUUCUGUUUUACAAAUACAAAUUUUCCAAUAAAGUUUGACCUUUUGAGAGUUUAGAUGAAAGGUGUCCACACAAAACAUGAAAACAUCCAAUUGCAUUACAUAUUUAAAAUUCAUCCUAAUCUCAAGUGUUCACUAUAGACUGUGAAUUGAAGUAGCUUCCUUUGACUGAUCGUCUAAGAAGAAAAAUGAUGACACCUUUUGGCCAAAAGUCGGUAAUACAAUUAAUGUGGUCCUUAGAGACCUUUGGUUUGUGUUAAUGAUCAUCAUUCAAAAUCUCAUAAUCUCAGGAAUUUAAGGAAAACGGAGACCAGGACAGCCAUAUAACAUCUUGAAAUGCUCAUGUAUUUUAUCCCAUUCAACUUAAUGAACCAAAACCUAUCAUUAUGGUUUGGCAUUCAUAAUAUUAUGAUCCUUCCUUCAGGAAACCAAAUAAUAUCUAGAACCAUAAUGUUAUCAUGUUAAAAUAUACACUAAGUGUACAAAACAUUAAGAACACCUGC